CGCGUGCUGAGGGCUCGCGACUCUGGCGACUGGCUGGCUGCGCGCGCGGGGGCGUAGGGUACUGGAAAGUUGCACUGGAGACCGCUGACAGCGCCUGGGGUGGGGGAGGAGUGCACCUGAGACCUGCGGACUGUGGCUGGGGGCCCACGCCGGGAGCUACGUAUUUUGCUCUGGAGGAGGAACUGAGCACCUGCUGGGAUCGGGGGACGCACCUGAGACCUGCGGACUGCGCCAGAGGGGCGCACUUAGGCUCUGCGGACUGCGCCCCGGGACCAGGGUGGGGGGGACGCGCUCAGUUUGGGCUUUGCACAAUGUGUGCGCGAGGGGGAGGGCGAAGCGUGGCGGGAGGGCGAGGCGAAGGAAGGAGGGCGUGAGAAAGGAGGCGGUGGCGGCGCAGAGGAGGGUUAUCUAUACAUUUAAAACCGAGUCGCCUGCGCUGCGCCAGGGGAAACCUGGGGAGCGUCCUGCCGCACGCGCGGGACACGAGCGUCCCACGCUCCCGGGCUCCCCACUUCUCGGCCUCCGGCGCCUCUCGGUCUCGGUCCCGGGCUUCAGACGAUUGGGACAAGUGCCCCGGGGGGUCGCUCGGUGGCGCAGUGCCAGAGACCCCCGGGGGUACGAUCGUUCUUGUCGCCCCCAGUUCCUCUGCCUGCACCUCCCUGCGACGCACUGGGACUCAGAGCAGGCGCCUGGCGGCUGGAUGCGGGAGCGAUGGACGGCGGCGCCCUGCUCAGGCCCGCGCCCCCGGCGCCCGGCGUCCCUAGCGGCUGCGCGGCCCGGCGGAGACCCAGGUCGCCGGAACUGUUGCGCUGCAGCCGGCGGCGGCGACCGGGCACGGCGGAGGUCAGGGGCGGCCCGGCGGCCGUGGCGCGACGCAACGAGCGCGAGCGCAACCGCGUGAAGCUGGUGAACUUGGGUUUCCAGGCGCUGCGGCAGCACGUGCCGCUCGGCGGCGCCAGCAAGAAGCUGAGCAAAGUGGAGACGCUGCGCUCGGCCGUGGAGUACAUCCGCGCGCUGCAGCGCCUGCUGGCCGAGCACGACGCCGUGCGCUCCGCGCUGGCCGGGGGGCUGCUGGCGCAGGCCGUGCGGCCCUCCACGUCCCGCGGGCCCCCCGGGGCCGCCCCCGCCGCUGCCUCGCCCUCCUGCGCCUCUUCGUCCCCAGGCCGCGGAGGCAGCUCCGAGCCCGGCUCCCCGCGCUCCGCCUACUCGUCGGACGACAGCGGCUGCGAGGGCGCGCUGAGCCCCGCGGAGCGCGAGCUGCUCGACUUCUCCCGCUGGUUAGGGGGCUACUGAGCGCUGCCGCGGGACGACGCAGCCGCAGCCCUGGACGCUGCCCAGCGCGCCUCGCCUGGAGCCCGCGAGGUGGACCGGCCCGCGCCCUGUCCCCGCGCCCUGUCCCCGCGCCCUGUCCCCUCCGAGCGGGACGCCGCGGCCCACGCUGCCUCGCCGCGGCCAGCCUGCCAAGGAAGCCAGCGUGGAAACGAGUCUGAGGCUGGCGGCUCCUGACGCUGGGGGCCCCCCAGGUGCGCUGUGACGGGGCUGGCACCUGCACUGCGAGAUUUUUCUGGAGGGGUGAAGAUUUUAUAAGGACACAGAAUUUGCUCUCUGCACCUUAUCCUGAACUGCUGGAGGGACAGUUGCUGGCAGUCUGAAGACUGACUUUUGUACGAAGACUCCUUAGACUUGGGGCACAAUAAA